AUGCCGCGCUCUUUCCUCGUCAGGAAGUCUGCCGGCUCCCGCCGGAGACCCAAUUACAGUGAGCUUCAUGACUCUUCUCCAGAGCUCACUUUCCAGCAGCCCUACGACCAAGCCCACCUGCUGGCAGCCAUCCCACCCCCCGAGGUCCUCAAUCCCACUGCCUCCCUGCCGACGCUCAUCUGGGACUCUCUCUUGGCGCCCCAAGCCCAGCCCAUUGGCUGGGCUUCUCUCCUGCCCCAGGAGAUCCCCAAGGCUGGCGAGCUGACCUCCCUGUCCGACGAGGACAGCGGGAAAGGUUCCCAGCCCCCCAGCCCACCCUCUCCGGCUCCUUCGUCCUUCUCGUCCACUUCAGCCUCCUCCCUGGAGGCUGAGGGCUAUGCUGCCUUCCCAGGCUUGGGCCAGUUGCCCAAGCAGCUGACCGGGCUCUCCGUGGCCAAGGACCCCCAGUCUCGCAAGGCCUUCAACUGCAAAUACUGCAACAAGGAGUACAUCAGCCUGGGUGCCCUCAAGAUGCACAUCCGGAGCCACACGCUGCCCUGCGUCUGUAGCACCUGCGGGAAGGCCUUCUCCAGGCCCUGGCUGCUGCAGGGCCACGUCCGGACCCACACCGGCGAGAAGCCCUUCUCCUGCCCCCACUGCAGCCGCGCCUUCGCCGACCGCUCCAACCUCCGGGCCCACCUCCAGACCCACUCGGAUGUCAAGAAGUACCAGUGCAAGACAUGUUCCAGAACCUUCUCCCGAAUGUCCCUGCUCCACAAGCACCAAGAGUCGGGCUGCUCAGGGGGGCCGCGCUGA